UAUUGUUGGCUGACAAUGAGGAAAAUAAGUGAAGGACUUAGUCAACGUGAGUCUAUCGAUCAAUUUCGAUUUCAUUCAUUCUUCCAAUUCUAUGAUUAGGAAUUGCAACAUAGGAAUUUAAUAACAUGCCCCCGCCAUAUAUAACACACUAGACGUCGUAACUCACAUGUGGCGUGAUCGACAUAGGCAGACCCUGAGUUCUGUCUGAAAAGUCAGUAUUGCAAGAGCUUCCAUACAGUUCGGAGUAAUCCAACUCUUUAUUCAUAAUAGUGCACGUGGAGACUGUUUAUUUAGCGAGUGAUUAAAAAACGAGGGCGACAGAAUAAAAUGUCAGCUGUACAAUUUCAUGGCCCUAUAAAUGGAUUAAUAGAUAAUAAGGAAAUGAAUCAAUCGAUCAGAUAUGCAACAGCUAGUGAAACUGGACUUGAUGGUCCUGAUCAGGUAUUGGCUACGGACGUAGAUACCACGUGUGAACCUGAUGGUAAAAUUCGAAUAAAAUUAGACAAGAAUGGAUACAAUUCAUACAUGCCUAUGUCAAUUCCUGGAGUUUUAACCAAAACAGCAAAUCUAUAUCCUGAUCAUAUUGCGUUGGUCUCUAGACCCGAUGUCAGAGGCAAGAGGACCAUGUAUACUUAUCGAGAAUAUGAACAAACUGUAAGAAUCGUCGCUAAGGCGUUUCUGAAGCUAGGUUUGGAGCGAUAUCAUAGUGUCUGUAUAUUAGGAUUUAAUAGUCCAGAAUGGUUCAUCGCCGAUAUCGCAGCUAUAUAUGCUGGCGGAUUUGCUACAGGAAUUUAUACUACAAAUUCUCCAGAAGCAUGCCAAUAUUGCGCUGAACAUAGUCAGGCAAAUAUAAUAGUCGUUGAAGACACGAAACAAUUGGAGAAAAUCUUACAAAUAAAACAAAAUCUGCCUCAGUUGAAAGCAAUUAUUCAAUACGACGGCAUACCCACCACAAAAGAUAUUUUAAGCUGGAACGAUUUAUUGGAAAUAGGUAAAAGGGAAUCGGACGAUAAUCUACUGUGUGUGUUGAAGACGAUUGGAGUAAACGAGUGUUGCACUUUAGUUUAUACAUCAGGAACGGUUGGAAAUCCGAAAGCUGUGAUGUUGAGUCAUGAUAAUAUCUUGCAUGAUGCGCGAGUGUUGUUUUCCUUUUUAGAAUUGAAAGACAAGUCGGAAGUUCUUGUUAGUUAUUUGCCAUUAUCUCAUGUUGCAGCACAGCUAGCUGACAUUAUAGGAACUGUAAUCGCAGCAACUACAGUACACUUUGCGGAUAAAAAUGCGCUCAAAGGUUCAUUAGUAGAAACUUUGAUUGUGGCACAACCGACUCUUUUAUUAGCCGUACCGAGAGUAUGGGAAAAGAUAUACGAGAAAAUGCAAGAAAAGGCGCGCGGUAACGGCGUGAUAAAGACCUGGAUUGCUAAAUGGGCAAAAGCGCAAGGGCUUUACUACCACAUGAAUAAAAUAAAUGGCGUGGAUUAUAAACACUGGGGCUAUGUGUUUGCAAAAUGGCUUGUUUUUGACAAAGUAAAAACAGCACUGGGGUUAGAUAAAUGCCGAAUAUCCGUUACUGCAGCAGCUCCUCUAAGUACAGAUAUUAAAAAAUAUUUUCUGAGUUUGGAUAUACCUAUAUUAGAAGCAUACGGAAUGUCAGAAUGUAGCGGUGCUCAUACAAUUGGCGAUUAUAAAGAAUAUAGACUACACGGUGUUGGAACUCCUUUGCCUGGGGUAUACACACGAUUGGACAAUGUAGAUCAAAAUGGUGAAGGGGAAGUUUGCAUGGGCGGGAGACACGUAUUUAUGGGUUACUUGCAUGCACCAGAGAAAACUGAAGAAGCUAAAGAUAAAAAUGGCUGGUUACAUAGUGGUGAUCUUGGCAGAAUAGAUUCGAAUGGAGUUUUACACAUUACUGGUAGAAUAAAAGAACUUAUAAUUACAAGCGGAGGAGAAAAUAUAGCACCAGCAAAUAUAGAGCAUGCAAUAUUGUCAGAAUUACCAGCAUUAAGUAAUGCUAUGUUAGUUGGGGAUAAAAGGAAAUAUUUGACAGUUCUUGUUACACUAAAGAGCAAUGUGAAUAGUGAAACUGGUGCACCUUUAGAUACGUUGAAUCCCGAUGUAUUAAAAUGGGCAAAGUCUAUCGGUAGUAAUGCUGAGACAGUUACAGAUGUUAUAAGUUCUCGUGAUCCGCUCAUAUAUGGAGAAAUUGACAAAGCGAUCAAAAGAGCAAACGCGCAAGCUGUAAGUAAUGCUCAAAAAGUACAGAAAUUCGAGAUUCUUCCACAUGAUUUUUCAAUUCCAACUGGUGAAUUAGGACCUACAUUAAAACUUAAAAAGAAUAUAGUUGCGAACAUGUAUGCUGAUUUAAUAGAGAAAAUGUAUCAAUAAAAUCUAUAUUUACUCUAAUACUACACAAUACAUAUCACAACACUCUUAAUAAAAAUGAGUAAUGUGAAUAAAGAAACUCUUUACUAUA